GCAUCGGAACGCACACAGCGCCUCAUGGAGAUUUUGCAACUCCAGCAAAAUUUAAGGAAACACAUUAGAGCCGAUCCUACGGCGCUCUUAGUCCUUUUUUCUCCUAAGCGAUUUCCUAAUCAUGAAUUACACCAUGACCCUACGCUUGGUCAAGAAGCUACUUCUUCUUUCAUUCAGCACUGCUGCUACGCGUCCGGACACAAGGACGCUGAACACUUGGAUCAAGACCCUUUACUCCUCAAUAUAGAGGACGUGUACGAUACGUGCCAAGAGUUAUGGUGAAAUCUCAUUCAUGUGCUUUUACUGCUAUGGGAGUGCCAUAGUUUUGAUUUAUCGAUGCGUCUUCUAAUUUAUGUUUGGGAGGCAGGGAAAUUCCACGAACGCGCGCGAGAAAACAUGCGGCUAAUGCCCAACUACCGAGUCGGAGACUCGACUGUAAUUUAUGGCUAUUACCAAAAAUCUAAAUAAUUCAAGUUCCUUUGAUGUAUAGAGUAAGACUGCGACUGCUUGCUAUACAAGCUCUAACAGACGGAAGCAAUCCUGUCGAAGAACAUGACGGAAGAGAUGGAGGUAAUCUUAUGGCCCGUUGAAUUCCCAAGGAAUCGCGAUGAGUGCAGACGACAGUGAUUCGUCUCUCGUGAUAUUGUCUCGCUCUAACGAACCUAUG